AACCACUCGCUGCUGCGUCUGAGCGUCCAAAGAAGAAGGAGGAGCGCUGUCAUGGCGGCCAAGGUGGUGAUAGUGGCCGUCCCGACGGUGCUGAGCAUAGCCUCCAUCCGCGUGUACACUGUGAGGGAAGCGGCCACUGAUGGGCUGGUCACACGAGAGAAGCUGAACAUCUACACCCCCCUGCCACAGUCUGCCCAGCCUCAUUUUGCUCCAGAGAGUCCAGGUGUCAUUCAGAAUGGGUUAACUACAGCGAGAGAGCGCAUACAGCCAUUUUUCCAGGCUGUAAAGGGGGCCUGUGUCUCUGUGAAAAAGGGAACUGUUAAUCUGUACCAUGCAGGAGAGGAUGUGUACUAUUACUUGAAAGACCCUCCCCCAGAGUUUCUACCCAGAUUUGGUACCAUCACCAUGGCUGGCCUACUUGGCAUGUUCUUGGCAAGGAAAGGCUCUCGUUUCAAGAGGGUAGCCGUUCCAAUGGGCCUGAUGAGUGCAGGAGCUUCAGUGUGCUACCCAGCCCAAGCAGUGGCCGUGUUAAAGGUGACGGGUAAGAAGGUGUAUGCUGCAGGGCAGUGGAGCAGCGCUGCGGUGUCUUCACUGCUCACCCCCAAGCCCCAGGAGCCUGUCGCCAAAGAGAUUGCUGCUUCACUACCACAGGCGACUACAGUGCUAAAUCCAGAGUCUUCAGUAGUUGAGGAGGCCUCAGAGGCCAGCUCAGCCUCACACAGCUCAGCCCAGAGCUCUACAAUCCCCGAGACAGAGGUGGAAUCAGUUGAGUCUGUUCCUGUCUCUGAUGAGCCAAUUGUUGCUGUCGUAACAAAGGAGGCUUCAUCAGUAACAUUCGCAGAGAUAUCCCCCGACCAGACCCCUACAGAGACCAACACAGAUCCAGUGGCACAUGCAGUGCAAGCAGAGACCGAAACCACCUCAACUCCUGAGGAAAUACCUGCUUCUAUUGAAAGUGAGGAGCCCUCACAGGCAGCAAAGGAUGUCUCCACCGACACCAGCCCAGCCGAGUCCACGCUGAACUUAGAACCGGAGACAACAGAGUCUGCUCCAGUGGCUGUUGUUCCAGUGGAGGUUGCUCCAGUUGAGCCAGCUCUAGACGAGUCUGCUCCAGCUGAGUCUGCUCCAGCUGAGUCUGCUCCAGCUGAAUCUGCUCCAGUGGAGGUUGCUCCAGCUGAGUCUGCUCCAGCUGAGUCUGGACUAGACGAGUCUGCUCCAGUGGAGUCUGCUUCAGCAGAGUCAGCUGAAGUCGAGUCGGCUCCAGCAGAGUCAGCUGAAGUCGAGUCGGCUCCUUCCUCUGAAGAACUACCUGCUCCAAAGUCCUCAGACGAACCAGCAGUGCCAGUUGUUGAAUCAGCUGAACCUGAUCCUGAUUCUGCUCCUCAGCCUGAGUUAGCUGACCCAACACAAGUCGCCGCUGUGGAGGAGACAUUAAACCCAACACUCACACCACAACCUCCUCAACAGCCUGCAGUAGAAAAUAGAACAGGUGGCUCUGGUUUCAAGCCAGACCCUGCUGUAAUGGACUUCGGCCAGUCCAACCCUGAGGAUGAAGACCUGUACAGCACACGCAGCUGAGAUACCACAGCCUGCUGCAGGAGAAACCUUAAUCCCACACUGCCAUCUCACAUCUCAUUCACAUUAACAGUCUGUAUCAUUAUGCAUUGUAAAUAGGCCAUUUUCCAAGCAAGCAGAGUUAUAAACUCUUUCAUCAACAUUUCCAUUCUCAUUUCCUCCCCCCACGUCAUUUAUUUUUCUACAGAAAAGGUCCGAGCACAUUUGCAUUCUAGCAGUAAUGCAGUGAAUUCUAGUACACAGAGCUGAUGGUUUGCAAAGGAUGGAAACCUAGGGAAAAAAAUACACCCACAUCCUUUUACAAGUCUUUUAAUUCACAGAUGGCAGAUUGUGAAAUGUUCUCUCUGUAUGUGUCAUUUAACAAUUACUGGCUUUUGUGCUCCAACUUUAACUGCGUGGCGCUUUUAUUUAUUGUAAUUUAGCCCAUUGCAUUGGUAAGAGGACAAUACUGCACGUGUGCUGGUAAUGAUUACAAGAUGGACUGUUCCAUUUUGUUACGUCAGAGAUUGUCCUCAGUUGUUUAGAACCAAAAAUAAAUCUAUAUUUUUCACAAUUUCA